AUGAGCGAAGCCUAUGGACUGCCUCUAAAUGCGAAGUCCCUAGUGGGGUCAGUGAUGGCCAACCUAUGUGGCAGCGACUAUACAUUGCACAUGGCGAUGGUAGAAAUGUUCAGCCAGAGGGUAUUGAUAGACAAAGCCUUCUCAGUGCCCAAAUGUGUAAGACUAGCUCGGAUGUCACAUCAUUCACACAGGCUGUUGAGGAAGGUCCGAGGAACAGUGCCUAAAGAACAAAGGGAUGACUUGUGUGAAAUCUGGGGUGAAGAACUUCUGGGCUUAGAGAGCGAAAAUACGAGUGACCUCGAGAGACAAAACGUGAUGGGGAAACCCAUGGCCGAGAUAGGACCAGAUGCCUUCAAAAGACCUCUGCUGACCCAUCGAAAUGCGAUCACUACGGGGUGGAAAAGAGUGGGUAGAGUAUCCAGAGACAACACUAGAGUGAGGGAGUUGAUACUGGAGGAGGACCUGGCGAAGAAUGUACCAGGUGAAAAAUUAUGUGAAAUUGAAGCUGCUGCAAAAUCAUACGCUAAACGUGUGCGGCAAACACCGUCGGAUAGAGGGAUUGAGAAAUCCAGGAAGUAUUUGAAGGACAAUGGUCUCUUGGCAGUCCCAUUCGAUAAAGGUGUUGGCUUCUGUGUAAUGAAGAAAACGACAAAUGAGGCUAAACGAACUGAGCUGCUGCAAUCGGAACAACUUAGCGAAAAACCAGGUUUAACUGAUAGUGUUGUUAUGAAAAUUGAGAAAGAAAUCAACAAAGAACUGUUGGCCAUGAAAAAAAAAGAUGAGAUCGAUGAGGCAGUGUAUAGUAGGCUUAGGUCCACGGGAGGGCAGCCAGCUCGAUUAUAUGGAUUGGCUAAAGUACAUAAGAAAGGAACCCCUCUCCGUACCGUACUGUCACUGCCAGGGAGCUCAUAUGAACAUCUAAAUAAAACUUUGGCCAAAUUUUUUGACAACAUUGAGGGGGCAAACAUUGAGACAAACACACAAAUGGCUCGGGAGAUCAUAGAGAACAUAGAUCUAGACUAUAAUGAGAGUAUUAUUUCCCUGGAUGUCAAAAGUUUGUACACUAAUGUCCCACUAAAGGAGGCAAUAGAUAUAGCACUGAGGAAACUGUACGAACAAACUAGUCCUCCUAAACUGGCACGCGGAACUAUGAAGAAAUUGUUGAACAUGGCUAGAUGUAAAGAGCAGCGAGAUCAAGAAAAACCAACAGAAAAUGUCAAAGCGUUCCUAAGAUAUGUAGAUGAUAUAGUGAGGACGGUAAAGGGGGAUCCAGAUAUAGUGUUAAAAGCAGCUAAUGAGCUCCACCCCAACUUACAAUUCACUAUCGAGAAUCCGGAUUCGAACGGAGACUUAGCCUUUCUAGAUUUGAACAUUAAUGUGGACUCACGAAAAAAGAAGUACAUCAACAUGGGAAAACUUUGA